CGCGGAUGGAGACACAAGAUGCGAGGCGGAGCAGGUCUCCAGCGUGGACAAUCCUGAAGUUAACCACAACCAUGGGUUCUCUUUACCUCCUGUGCAUCCUUGGUCUUACAGCUGCCCUGCAGGUGCCUGGCACCUUGGCAGAUGAUCAGCCAUCUGAGGAGGGAGUCGUGUGGACAACUUUGACUGAGCAGAAUGAGAUCGUGAAUAAGCAUAAUACACUGAGGAGGGGUGUCCAACCUACUGCCAGCAACAUGUUGAAAAUGAGAUGGAACAAUGAGGCAGGAUCCAAUGCUGCCAAGUGGGCCGCCAAGUGCACCAUGAGCCACAGCCCUGCGAGCGCCAGAGUCAUCAGCACCAGCGGCUGCGGGGAGAAUCUCUACAUGGCCAGCUGGAAGAACUCCUGGUCCAACGCCAUCCAGAGCUGGUACAACGAGGUGAAGGACUUCCGCUACGGAGUCGGAUCUGUCAAUGGAGGCGUGGUGGGACAUUAUACCCAGGUUGUUUGGCACAACUCAAACCAGAUUGGCUGCGCUAUGGCCUACUGCCCCAACUCCCAAUACAAGUACUUCUACGUCUGCCACUACUGCCCACCAGGAAACUACCAGCUGGCUCGGCCCUACAAGUCAGGGCCGUCCUGCUCUGACUGCCCCGGCGCUUGUGACAACAAACUCUGCAACAAGAUUUAAGGACAACUACAGCAGCUGUCCUGAGCUGAAGCAGCAGUGGUGCUGCAACCACAGCGAUUUGUUGGGCUCUUGUUGUCCCGCCUCCUGCAGAUGCACCAAUCAGAGCGUCUAAAUUUCACACAUGUGCUCUGACUCAACCUGUCAGUUUCAAUAAAGACAGCCUCUGCAUACAU